CGCGCGUUGUGAUUAUUGCCUCCUCCUUGAAUCGAUGCGUUUGAAAGUUUUCCGUAAGUUCGCGCACGAUGAAAGCAUGGUUCUUGUGGUUCGUGCUAAUUUCACCAUUAAAUGCCUCGAGGGAAGUUCCAGUGGCCCCGGAUUUGAACUUCAUGCGAGAAAUUCCGCUACUUCUGGGCAUCUUUAACCAAAGUCUCACUGAGGAUUCCACAUCAAGUUGCCACAGAGAUAUUUCCACAAUUUUGACAGGAGUCUUCGACAGAGAAAUCUGGGCUCUCAAGAUUUUGGAUGCUUCCGGGAGAAGGAAUCCGGCAUUCAUGUUGGGAUCCAACUUCUGGUUGGGAUCGGAAAUUGCCUGCCGAGGAGCAAAUUCACCCUUGCAUAUCGCCACAACCGAUGAUCCGGAACUAGGCUCGAGACACUGGAGAGUAUUGAAUGCAAUUUCACCUGUUGAAGUUAAUUAUCGUAUUGUGAUGGGGAAAAUUGAAGGGGAUCUUCGGAUUGCACUGAAAUUGCUCUUUUCGCCACUCCUUCACGUCGGUCUCUGCAUUCCGAAAUCCUGCUCAAACGAAUUUCUAAUGAGAGUCACGCAGGACUAUUUCGGGCAAAAUCCCACAUUUGGAAUUAUCAAGACCAAUGUGACCGUAGAGAGAGUCAUAGAGAUAAAGCCUCAUGGGGACUUUACUGGAGAUUUCACGUUUCUAAUUGCCGGCACUCUUCUCUUCGCCACACUAUCGCUAUGCUUCUUCGCCCAUCGACUGGAAUCAAAGCCACGCGAGCACAUGAAUAUCCUCAGCAGAAUGAUAUCAUGUUUUUCUAUUCGGCAAAACUUUAGAUGUCUUAUGAAUAAUGAAGUGAGUGCCAACACCAUUGUGUCACUCAAUCUCCUGAGAACUGUGUCAUCAGUUUGGGUGAUUGUGGUGCAUGUAAUGUUCCUGCAGCUGUGGCUCUCGGACAGCCUCACGGUGUCUUCAGUGUCCCUCCUGAAGCCCCGCUUUCUCUUCUUGUGGCGAGGAAUGUUGUCCGUGGAUGUCUUCUUCAUAAUUGGUGGCUUCCUCUCUACCUUCAACUUCCUGAAGAACGAGCAACUCGGAGAGGAAAUUAGAUCGAAUGGAUUCCGGAGGAAUUGUGGCGUCUUCCUGAGGUAUCUCUCUCAUCGGUAUAUUCGAUUGACUCCAAUUGCCUUUAUUGCCAUGCUUAUUUCUCGUCUUACCUAUCUCUCCAACAAUGACACCGUCUUCCGGGACUAUCGAGAGAGCUUCGGUUUUAAUAAUAUUAAUUGGCACUACAAUCUUCUCUACAUCCAAAAUUUCAUCCCACACGCAGAGAUUUCAUUUGUGUGGACAUGGUCCUUGGCAUGUGAGAUGCAAUUCUACAUCUACAGUCUCGUGCUGCUCUUCAUCUACUCAAAGUUUGUAUUCUUCACCACAUUUCACAACAUUCUCCUAAGAGUGUCAUUUUUACACCUUUCCAGGUCGCGCAGGUGGGGAAUUGUCACAUUCGUGGUCUCGACGGCAGCCACCGUGACUGCGUCAUUCAUCAUCAUGUAUCGCUGCAACACCUCGAUGAAGUUCUUGGACGCCUUCCGCGACGCUGACAUGGUGUAUAUAAAGCCAUGGACGAGAAUAUCCUCCUACCAAUCAGGCAUGAUGCUGGGAUUUAUUCUCCACGUGACACGCGGCCGACGGAUUUAUCUAUCGCCACGCCACACGGCAAUCAUUUGGAGUGCUAUUCUCGGAUUUUUCACUGUCACCGUGGCAAUGGAUCCCGAUCAGCCGAAAAUCCUCAUGCAGUUAUUCAUGUCCGGCGGAAGAAUCCUCUAUGGCCUUAUCAUGGGUGGAAUUAUUGUGAUUUGUCAUUGGGGCUAUGGCAGGUGGUUUGAGUGGUUAUCCACAAGGAGAUUUAUACAGCAAUUCUCGAAGCUCUCUUACACCAUCUACCUGCUUCACCCAGCAAUUGGUAUGAAGGUAUAUGGGACAGAUGCGCACGUCGCCAAUAUUUCUUUCAUUAAAACACUUUUCGACUCUCUGGGGAUUGCAAUUGUUUCCUACUAUCUAUCACAUGCGAUAACAAUUCUCUUUGAACUCCCCUACAUAAGACUGUCGGAUGAAUUUAUCUUGAAGCGCCGAUCUCGCUACGAUAGCGCCGAAUCCCACAAGAAUAGUGUGAAAGUGAUGAGUGAGAAAGUUCACUAAAUCAACCCCCAAAACGAGCUGACAUCGUGAUAAGGCAAAACUCUUCCUGGAAGAACACAAAAUACUUACCCACA